GUGCUCUAAACUGUGACGCAUUGUUUAUAUAAUCCAGACCGCUGUUUACCGUCCACGGUUACGAUACAAGAGCAAGUCGAGACCGUUUGAGUUAGUUACAACAAACGCCAUCAUGUAUGUUAAGAUGAUAGUAUCGGUUUUAGUAGUGAUUUUAGCCGUGGCUAGCGCCGGGCUGAUCGGAGGCCCUGUCGAUGCGGACAUGAAUGAUCAAGGCGCUAAGGAUGCGUUACAGUUCGCAGUGGCCCAGCACAACAGGGAAAGCAAUGAUAUGUUUGAGAGUCGGGUGUGCGAAGUCGUCAAGGUCCAAAAACAACUUGUUUCUGGCCUGAAAUACACCUUCACCGUGAAAAUGGCCAGAACCAACUGCAGAAAGAGUGGAGUUGAGGCCCUAUGCACCAUUACCGAAGUCCCCACCAAUCUGCCUGAAUGCAAAAUUGUGGUCUGGAGCCAGCCAUGGUUGAACAACAUCAAGGUCCUUGAAAACACCUGCCAAAAGACUGCAUGAUAGUGCAGGAUGUUUUCAACAUUCACGGAGCAAUAAACUUAAUCUGGAUUUAAUCAUGAGUAAACUGUUAGUUUCAUUGUUGGUAAAAAAAAUUUUUUUUUUGUCUCUACAGUCAUUUUCAACAACAGAUUAUGAAUAAAAAUAAUCCACUCUGCCGUACUAAUCAACCAUACCAAUUUACUAGAUUCUAAUACUCAGAGAAAUGUUAUAAUUUUGAAAAAUGUCAAAAUAAUAAAAGGCAUGUUUCUGUA